AAAUAUUCCAGUGAACGGUUAGUAGAAAAUUUUAAUUGUUCGCUUCUUCAAAAGUUGAAUCUUUCUAAAAAUUUUGGGUCAUCUUUGAAUAAAAAUAUAGCCGCAAGAUGAGCCUAUAACUGUUCGCAGAAUUAGUCAAAAUCACUACACUAAUAACUGGAAUUUUGGGUUUAACAGAGUUGUUAAUACUAGUAACUAAUCUGCACUAACUUUUCCAACAAAAAUUCCUUACACACAAAACAAAAAGAACCGCAACAGAUCAAGAUACUUAGAAAAUAAAUCUUGGAGAUUUUGUGAUCCAAUUAACUGAUAGUAGAUGCUUGGAAAAGUUUCAAGUUUAUAGUAAUGAGGACAGAUGGGAUCUUGGGAGAUGGUAGGAGAUCCACCAUUAACACUGCUAAAAAUAAGCAGAAAUGGCUGAGCAGAAAAGAGAAAUGGCUGGUGGUUCUUGGUGUAGUACUUCAUGCAGUGUAUAUGCUCAGUAUCUUCGAUAUUUACUUCAAAACUCCCAUUGUUCAUGGCAUGGACCCUGUCCCACCUCGUUUCGUUGCUCCAGCUAAGCGUCUUGUUCUUCUGGUCGCGGAUGGUUUACGGGCUGAUAAGUUUUACGAGCCAGAUUCAGAGGGGGGUUAUAGAGCCCCAUUUUUGAGGAGCAUUAUAAGGAAAAAAGGUCGAUGGGGAGUAUCACAUGCUCGUCCUCCAACAGAAUCUAGACCUGGACAUGUUGCUAUAAUUGCUGGCUUCUAUGAAGAUCCUAGUGCUGUUACUAAAGGUUGGAAGGCAAAUCCUGUUGAGUUCGAUUCAGUAUUUAAUCAAAGCCGGCAUACAUUUUCCUAUGGUAGCCCAGAUAUUGUUCCCAUAUUCUGUGGGGCCUUGCCCCAUAGCACUUGGAACUCGUAUCCACAUGAUUUUGAGGAUUUCGCAACUGAUGCUUCUUUUUUGGAUGAGUGGUCAUUCGAUCAAUUCCAGAACCUCUUGAAUAGGUCCAAUGAAGACCCAAAAUUGAAGCAGCUACUACAACAAGACAAGCUUGUUGUUUUUCUGCACCUUCUUGGCUGUGAUUCCAAUGGUCAUGCACAUAAGCCCUUCUCGUCCAUCUAUCUAAAUAAUGUUAAAGUGGUUGACAAGAUAGCGGAAAAGGUUUACAAUCUUAUGCAGGACUACUACAAGGACAAUCAGACUGCAUAUAUAUUUACAGCAGAUCAUGGAAUGAGUGACAAAGGGAGUCAUGGAGAUGGACACCCAACAAACACGGAUACACCUCUUGUGGCAUGGGGAGCAGGCGCUGGGCAUCCCUUGCCAAUUUCCCGCAGUGACCAUCAUGAAAGUACUGCUCGCUUUAUUGAUGACCAUCUGCAUGAUACAGAAACACCUUCAGAAUGGGGCCUCAGUGGCAUGACGAGGUUGGACGUUAAUCAAGCUGACAUAGCACCGCUGAUGUCCACUCUGCUUGGUCUGCCAUGUCCUGUCAAUUCGGUUGGCAAUCUGCCUCGUCAGUACAUGAAUCUGAACAAGGCAGAAGAAGUUGAAGCCGUGCUAGCCAAUACAAAGCAAAUCCUCAAUCAGUUCCUUCGAAAAUCACAAUUAAAGCAGUCAACCUCAUUAUACACCAAGCCUUUCAAACCCUUGGCUAGUUAUUCAUCACUAUUGCGUCAAAUCGAGCAUCUGAUUUCUCUCAAAGAGUAUGAAACUGCAAUGAAACUAUCUGAACAGCUUAGGAGCUUGGCACUUCAAGGACUUCACUAUUUCCAGACAUAUGAUUGGUUGAUGCUGAUGACUGUAAUUACUCUUGGCUAUGUUGGUUGGAUGAUCUAUGUGAUACUCCAUGUCUUGCAAUCUUAUACAUCCCUACCUGCAUAUAUUUUUAGCAAGGAGCAAGUGCCUAAUCAAAGAAGUACAGUUAAGGUACAUCUUUUAGGAGGGCUGUUAAUGGGAGUAGCGUGCACUCUUCUGUUGGUUGAAAAAUCUCCUCCCCUUUAUCACGCAUAUGUCGUGAUGACAAUGUUUCUGUGGACUCAAAUAUUUAGUGAAUAUCCAUUUCUUAAGGCAUUGUGCAGAUACUUGUGCCGGAAAGUUACUGAUUACUAUCUUAAACUCAUUGGAACUUGUGUUUUCUCCGUGAUCAUUCUUGAGCUUUUGGUGAAGAGCUUCACAGAGAGAAAGCUCUAUACUUGGUGUUUCUUAACCACAGGGGUUGCAGUUCCUUUUUAUCUGUAUAGAUCAUUACCUACAAGAUCUGGAAUACCAAUCUUUGUAUGGAUGGCAUGUUGGUUUUUGUCGGCUUUUACUCUCAUGCCCCCUCAAAUUCCAGAAAAUACCAUGCUUGUGGUUGCUGGCGCGAUGAUGAUUAUCACAAUUGGUGUAGUUCUUCGAUAUGUGGAACUGCAUGCUAAAGAUAACAGAUACUGGCUUAGUCUCGUUGCACAUGACUCGACGAAACUCAAGUUUCCCAUGCUCUUUCAAUUGCAGAUCCUUUUGGUUGGAUUAGCAUCUCUGAUGGUUUGGCUUUCAACUACCCAUAGAACAGAGAAGCAGGAAUUGUUAGUCCUACACCAACUGGUGAAUUGGUCCAUUGCUGGCUUCUCGAUGAUACUCCCGCUCUUUUCAGCUACUGGUCUCUUAUCCAGGCUGACUUCCAUUUUCCUCGGCGUUGCACCUCCCUUCCUGCUUCUAUCAAUCGGCUAUGAAGCAGUCUUCUAUGGUGCUCUCGGUCUUGCACUUAUAGCAUGGAUACUGGUGGAAAAUGCUUAUCUCCAUAUAAGUAAGUUCAGAUUAUCAUCAACUCCAGUCAGAUCCAUGGAGGAUGAUAAUAGGUGCCUGGAGUUAUCCGAUAUGAGAAUCCCAUUAACCUUUAUGGUCUUUUUCAAUAUUGCAUUCUUUGGAACUGGUAAUUUUGCAAGUAUUGCAAGCUUUGAGAUCUCCUCCGUGUAUCGGUUCAUCACUGUUUUCAGUCCUUUUCUGAUGGCAGCGUUGCUUAUUUUUAAGUUGUUGAUACCGUUCAUACUUGUCAUAUGUGCAUUUAGUGCAAUCACUAAAUUGGUGCAAGUUCCAUUGUUGGGAUGCUAUUUUCUAGUGAUCUUGUGCUCCGAUGUAAUGACAAUUCAUUUCUUCUUCCUGGUCAAAAACAAAGGAAGCUGGAUGGAAAUUGGCAAUAGCAUUAGUCAUUUCGGAAUCAUGAGUGCUCAAGUUGUGUUUGUCCUCAUGCUUUUUGCUGUUACAAAUGUAUUCACGAAAGACAUCCAAGUUAGAUCAGCUCAGCAGUUUUCUCGUAAAAAGAUGUGAUUCAUUUGAUGCUUCAUUCUUUUCGAGAUCCCACUCUUUCGAGUGGCAGUUUUGCUAGAGUAGCAAUUAGGUCACACGAAUCGUUGUAUUGGGCUAGGCUACAUGAAGUAAAUCAUUUUUUCUAUGUCCCAUAUUCUGGGUGGCAAGCUUAUAGUUCUUGCCAAAGGAGAGUGGAUACUUGUAUCGAAUGACUGAUGAUGAGAUGAUUAAUUCCACUUGCACUUGAAAUAGUGUUUA